AUGCAUGAAAAAUCGAUAAUUGAUUGGUCUCUUUCAGGUUAUUACCGGUUCGACAUACUCAUUCUGCUCACCUAUCAAAUGAAUCACUUCUUCGGAGUACAGCAACUAUUCCCGAUCUUCCUUAAUUAUACGCCGAAAACUUUCUGUGUAGGACAGAAAUGUUACGAUACCCCGAAGAGCAGGUGCAUGGAAUGCCCAGACUGUCCAGAUCUCUGCGCUAAUUCUACUUUACCGGCAGCCAAGGCAGAAUGCGUCGCAAAGUAUUCGCAUGCUUAUUAUAAAUCUGCUGCCAUGGAAUUCAAUCUCUUCUGCAAACCCGGCUGGAAAGAUUUCCGUCCAGCUUUUGCACAAUACAUUGGAGUAUUGAUCGGAAACAUCAUUCUCGGAUGGGUGGCGGAUCGAAUCGGACGUCGUAAGACCUACGUGAUUUCGCUGUUCAUCGGAAUCCCGGCUCUAGCUCUGUCGGGUACGUUUAUUGGAUUUUUGGAAUUCCAUGCCCGCGAAAAAAGCGAAGUAAUGAUUUUUUGA